AUGAGCUUUCGACCCAAUAGUCGGGUGUUGGCGUACCACGGGCCGUUGGUCUACGAAGCCAAGGUUCUCCGUGUGCACGAGAAGAACAAAAGUUAUGUGGAAGAUGAGGAAGGAAAACACAUACCUGCUGAGCAGUCGUCGGUUCCACAAAGUCUAAUUGAUGUAGACACCUAUUAUGUCCACUAUAAAGGUUGGAAUAACAAAUGGGACGAGUGGGUUCCCAAUCUGCGAAUCUUGGAGUUCAACGAGCAGAAUCUCAAAAUCCAGCAAAAGCUUCGAGAUGCCCAAAAAUCUGUACAUUCCAAAUCCAAGAAGGGAAACCAAACCAAUUCAAAUUCACCUGCUCCAGAAAACGCUAAGAAGCGCAGUGGAGGAGAGAUUACAGCGCCGAAGAGAGGACGGCCCAAAAGAAGACAAGAAAGUACCAAAUAUAACGAGGUUUAUAUACCAAUGCGACCGGAGUUGAAGCAUAUAUUGGUAGACGACUGGGAAUACAUAACCAAGGAUCACAAGUUAUUGACAGUUCCAGCACGAGUUCCGGUGUCUCAAAUCCUCAAGCAGUUCUCAGCAGCCAAUAGUGGAGGGUCUGAUGAAGAUGACCAUAUGAUCCAUGAGUACGUUAAUGGGUUGGAAAUAUAUUUCAAUCGGUGUCUCAGCUUGAUGUUACUUUAUAAGGUGGAACGUCUUCAAUAUUUGGAGCUCCGUAAGGAACAUGACAAUUUUGCAGCUGCUGACUUGUAUGGAGUUGAGCAUCUUUUACGACUUUUUGCCCUGUUACCUGGAUUACUCGCACAAACCACCAUGGAUGGUCCCAGUUUGAGCACUCUAAUUUCUCAAAGCGUUGACUUUCUCGACUACAUCACCGAAAACAUGGAUUCAUUUGCCAACCAGUACUACUAUGCUAGUCCAGCAUACGAUGCGGUUGCGCGAGCUUAA